AUGCUUGGUGUUGCCAAUGAUGUCGGAGAGAGCAUCGCUUUCGUUCCCGGUUAUGCCAGUGCCAAGUUUCUGCCAUGGAUCCACCUCUUCGUCGGGCUUGUGCUUGUUUCUUGGGCUAUGGACUCAUUUGGCUCUCUGUUACUCAGACUCUUACUCGUCUUCCCUUCUUCUUGGAACGAGAAAGCCGGUGAUAAUCUCAAAGCUAUGGCACGCUUGUGCAGGACCUCUGGUUUGUCUCCCUCAAGUUGGGAGUUUGGUGUAUUACUUCUCAUAAGGGAUGUGUUCCCAGUACCAGACUUUGGACUAAGGAGAGGAAGUAAGCACCGGACUGAGUUUUUCAGCAAAACACUUACUGCAAGUGACACAAGUACACAUGGAGGUUUCUCGGUGCCACGUAGAGCUGCAGAGAAGCUAUUUCCACCAUUGGUUAGUCUCUGGAAAGCCAUGGAAAAGCUUUAG